UUUAGUUUGCAGUUAAUACAGCUAAAUAGUAGGUUCAGUACUAUCUAUAAAAACAAAUAAAAAAAAGUUUGCAAACAUUUUGGGGGACUUCACUUGUACUGUAAAUGACUUGUAGCGUCCCUAUAAUCAGAGUAACUAACCAGCGUUCGCAAAAAUCCGAGUGACGCACUGCAAUACGAGUUUGAAAGCACUUUCAAAACUACGGUAAAAAUACAUCAAUCAAAUUGAGCAAGCAAACUAUUUUGCUUGAAAAAAUCUAAGUUUGUGUGUUUGUGGCUAAAAACUUGUGAGCGUGUGUUUUUCUUGAUGUGGCAAAGAUAAAGUCGAAAGUAUAGAUUAUUCGUAAUUACGUUCUGGCAAUAGAACCGACGUAUAGGUUUUUUUUUUUUAAUCUUGCUUACGUUAUCAUUUACACGAGAAAACCAGUUAACGUGACGUCAGUGCUGUACGAACCGCUUAGUUGUUUUUUUGUUAAAAGAUAAAUAUCCCCUAGUUCUUUGUGUGUAACUGUAUUGUUCAUUGUUUAGUGGUGUGGUGCGGGUUUAUUAAUCUUUGAGGCUACGUAUCCUGUGAGACAUAGCCAGCCGACCAAAUGACGAGGGAUGAUGAUGUGCUUGUAAUAAAUGAUGUUUAUUUUAACGUGUAUAAUACCAAUCCACCAAUCACACCAUUGACACCUAUACGAAAACUCUUUGCUUCAUUUGAUGGUAUCGGUGUGCACAGUGGUGUGCCGACACGUACUACGCCAACAUUGACACCCACCACCUUAAAAAACAUUGAACAAACGUUCAUAGAAGCAACGAAUGCCACACAAAUUAAUUUACCAUACCAAGCAGGAUUCGUGCCACCUUCUUACCCAAUGGAAGAUCAUAGCCAGGAUGGCGGUGUAAGUCAGGAAUCACUCAGCUCAACCUCCAACGGCUCGUGGCACGUUUCUGGAUCACAUGGGUUUACCGGUGAUGAUUUGGACUCAAAAUCUUCUGCAUCAAUGGACCAACCAUCUUUCGGUACACGAGCCUCCCGAUCUACUUUUGCUACGAGUAAUUCAGAUGAUAAUGUGAAAUUGGAGACGGGGCUUUUGGACGCAGUGAAUUCAUUCGCAAUCGGGACUACAACUAGGCGGACCUCUGGCCCUUCUGCGCGAAAUGGUAGCGGAGGACGACGAAAUGUUGGUGGUCGACGUCCACACAAGCCCUCAAAUCUCACUCCAGAAGAAGAGGAAAAACGACGAAUUAGACGAGAGCGAAAUAAACAAGCAGCAGCCCGGUGUCGUAGGCGUCGCGAGGAUCACACAAACGAACUUGUUGAUGAAACGGAUCAACUAGAGAAGAAGCGCCAAUCAUUAGCUCAGGAAAUCCAACAACUACAACAAGAGAAGGAUGAUCUUGAGUUUUUGCUUGAAUCGCAUCGUGCGCACUGUCGCCUACAGGCUCGUCACAGUCCCAUUGACUUAAAACCUACUGAGCUCGAGAACAUUGCAACCUUUGUAUUGCCAAAAAUUAAAACCGAACCGGAUGAAGAAUUUAUUCUUCAGCGGCAGAAUCUACGUGCAACGCAGAUGCAGGAUCAUCUCGACAACGAUGCUUCUGAACACAGCACAGUUUCUAAAAAACUAAAAAUUUCAAAUACACACACCGAGAGUCUUGAGACCCCGACACCGACUAGCAGUGGCUUCAUUCCCCUCGUAGGCGUUAGUUUCGCUGGUACCAAACCAUCAAGUGAAGCAAGUGGUAGUCGUCCGACACGUCCAGAUAGCUUAGAUGUAAAGUCAGCUGCACAAUAUCCAUUAAUCGCUAGAAUUGACGCUGGAGGACCGGUUGGAAUGUCGACACCAUCGAGUGGACUGUUUAACUUCGAUAGUCUGAUGGAGGGUGGUACGGGAUUAACACCGAUAGCAGCCCCGAUCAGUUUUCCAUCCAACCGAAAUCCCUUGGAGCUUAUUACACCAACCAGUACAGAACCAUCGAAACUAUGUAGUCUAUAGUGCAAUAUUAGCCAGCAUCUCGAAAGAAAUGGUUAAAAAUUAACAGUCUUUAAAAUUGCUGGACAUUGGCAUCGCGAAUGCAUUGAGUUCAUUUGUUAAUUUUAAGGACUAGUCCUAGACCUUCGUUAAACAAACGAUCGUUAACAGUGAAUAUCAGCGAUCGGCAAACUAUUGUGGUGGAGGGCCAAAUUUAUUUAAUCAUCGAAAGCUGUUGGCCAAGAGAAUACAGGAUUUUUACAACCAUAUUAUGACAUUGUAACAUUUUUGAAACAAAAUAAUUCAAAUUUAAACGAUCAAAACAAUAAAGCAAGAGUAAUGUCGCUUCUUGAUGAACCGUUCCUCAUA